CACAUUAUUCCUGCGGGUUAGAGCAGAGCCGGACGUCUUCUCACUGUCACAGGCACCGUGAAGCUAUCGUCAUACCCCAAGAUGGGGGUCAAAAGUGGGGUGCUACGGCUCGUCACCCUGUCCUGCUUUCUGGGUGCCUUUAGCCAGGCGCAGAAUGAAAAUGACCAGCAGAAGUGGGUUGACUGUGACAGAUCCAAGACUGGGUCCGUCUAUGAAUAUGGAGCCCUCAGUCUGGAUGGGAGUCACUAUAUCCCCUUCAGUCAGUACGAGGGGAAGAUGAUUCUCUUUGUGAAUGUAGCUACAUACUGAGGACUCACCAUGCAGUACUUAGAACUGAAUGCACUACAAGAAGAACUAGGGCAAAAUGGGUUUGUCAUUUUGGGAUUUCCAUGCAACCAAUUUGGACUUCAAGAACCAGGAUCUAAUGAAGAAAUUCCACUGGGAUUAAAACACGUGCGUCCCGGGGGAGGCUUUGUGCCAAAUUUCCAGUUGUUUGAAAAGGGUGACGUGAACGGGAAGAAAGAACAAAAGAUAUACACAUUUCUCAAGAAUUCCUGCCCACCAGUCGGUGAUGCUUUGGGUAAUCCACUGAACCGCCUUUUUUGGGACAACAUCAAGACAACUGAUGUGAAGUGGAACUUCGAAAAGUUCCUGGUGGGACCUGAUGGCCGGCCGUUGAGACGUUGGCAUCCCCGUACACCCGUCUCUCAAGUGAGGAAAGAUAUUAUUUUCCUAAUGAAAUCCCAGCAAACCCAACAAAGCCUCCUGAUGCUAGGAAGAGACCACAAGUAGACCAUCUCCAUCACUUCAUUUAUUUCACACGGCAGAUUGCUUCUGCCCUAUCCUGUGUUGUGUCCAAGUAGCGAGCGCCAGGCUGUGGUUAGCCUUGGAUCCCAUUUGUAUGAAGGACAAGUCUAAAAGCACGCAAGUGUGGGAUAUGUCUGGAAACCAGUAAUGGGUGCAAUGGCUGUUUUAGUGCAUUCCAGCUGUUGCGCUGAUCUGGGAUGUGAUCCAUAGAGCUGUCCACGUCUCUCGCUUGCUUCUUCAUCUGUAGAAGUAAAUUUAACCUGUGCUGAUUAUCAAUAAAACGUCUUGAUUUGGGAAAA